AGCACUAUUUCCACAAAAUGUCCUAACUGAAGAUGUGGAUCUCAACCCAGAAGUUCAGACUGAGAACGGAAGGGUUCGAGGAACUGUACACUACACAAUAAACAGCACUAAACCUGUCUACACAUUCUACAGCAUCCCAUAUGCCAAGGCUCCAAUAGCUCACGCAUGCGUAGAAAACGGCCCCGUUGUUGAAAUGAUGCUGAAUACUCCGUUGGCCUUGGACAAUAGAAUUCCAAUGCCUCAACGCUUUGACAUUUACUCUGAGGAUUGCCUUGAACUAGAUGUCUACACACCUAACACAAAAGGAAAAUUACCUGUGUUGUUUUGGAUACAUGGUGGUGGAUUUAAUUUAGGUUCUGGUCACAUAUUCAAUGGAACUGCUUUGUGUACAUUCACAGACUUAGUGGUUGUCUCAAUCAACUACAGGACAGCUCAGUUAGGAUUCCUCAGUUCUGGUGAUGACCACUUGCCAGGUAACAUGGGAUUCUUUGACCAAGUUAUGGCGCUUGAGUGGACUAAGACGAAUAUCCACGCCUUCGGUGGAGACCCUGACAGAAUAACGCUAGCAGGAGAAAGUGCUGGAAGUUGGAGUGUUUCUGCACAUCUUGUGUCACCGCUGAGUAAACACUUAUUCAGGCGAGCCAUUCUACAGAGUGGGGCAAUUACCACUGACAAAAUUAUAAAUGAACAUCCAAGAAAACGAUUUGAUGACGUAGUAGGACAAAUAGGAUGUGCGAAUGAAACAUUAGAGGACACCAUAGAAUGCUUACGGACGAUAUCCAUUGAUGAGAUUUCCAAAGUUGGCCCUUCUUUUCAAUCUGAUUGGCCAACCGUUGAUGGUGAAUUCCUCCCCGAGCAUCCGAAGAGCUUGUAUCCGAAGACAGACUUCAGUGAUAAAGAUGUCUUGGCCGGAGUGACAGCAGAUGAAGGUUUCAUCCUUUUAAGUAUACCAUUGGACGUUGACCAAAUUCCUGCCAAUAUGAACAAUCCUUAUGGAAGAUUUAUACUGGAUAUCCAACGAGGUCUUACUAUUUAUAUGAAAGAUGAUGCGAUAACCAUUAAACGCGUUGAAAAGAUUGCUAAGCAAUACCUUAAACGCAAUCUAAAGAAAACGAAGAAAAAGCAAUUGAAGAAUAAUUAUUCAUCAGAAAUUCAGGAACUACUCAGUGAAACAGCUAUUGAUGUGAUUAGUCACUUUACGAUGUAUUUCCCAACUCUCAACAUGACUAGAACUAUAAAAGCAAAUGGAGGGAGGGCGUACUUUUAUCUGUUUUCCCACACGCCAAGUUUUGCCCCUAUGGAGAGACCAGCAUAUGUGGAAUCAACCCAUCUCGACGAUGUCUAUUUUCUUUUUGGAACCGGAUUCUUAGAUGUUUGGGUAGAUGAGGAAAAGGGCUAUGUUUUUAAUGAAGCUGAAAAAGAGUUUAGUAAACAAAUGAUGCAAUACUGGGCUAACUUUGCAGCUACUGGAACUCCUAAUGGCGAAAAUCUCCCAACUUGGCCAGAAUUCGAAUUUGAUACUCAGCAGUAUUCAGUACUGAAGCCCAAUCCAUCGUCCUCUCAAAUUGUGCUACAGGCGAAAUUCAAAUAUUGGAAACAAUUCAUGGCAAGAAUUGAGGCCGAGAGAGAAGCAAGUCAAUAUGAAUCUAUGUAGAAUUGUCUGGGUACAUCUACGAUUUUAUUUGUAUUAAGGCCAAAAGGGCAAGUUAACCUUUGGUAAACUGAAAGGCAUUUUGGUUGACCAUCGUAUA